AUGGCGGCUAAGUACGGCCUAAUGCUACAUCAGAUGGACGUCAAGACAGCGUUUCUUAACGGCUCCCUCAACGAAGACAUCUACAUGGACCAGCCGGACGGAUACCUGGAUGCAACACAGCCGGACUAUGUGUGCAAGCUAAAGAGAUCACUCUACGGCUUGAAGCAAUCGCGUCGCAUGUGGAACCAAACAAUCGAUGGGUUCAUGAUCAAGAUGGGAUUCAAGAAGUGCGAAUCGGACCACUGCAUCUACAUCAAGCGAGACGACCAAGACAUGAUUCUCGUGGUGCUCUACGUCGAUGAUCUCAUCCUGGCCAGCAGCAACAACGAACUCCUCAAGUCAACCAAGAUGGCGCUGAGCAAACGCUUCGAAAUGACGGAUCUCGGUGAGCUCGAUUACUUUCUCGGCAUGGAGAUCAAGAACGACCGUAAGACGGGAAUGGUGACUGUACAACAAACCAAGUUUCUCAAGUCCGUGUUAACCAAGUUCGGAAUGGAUAACAGCAAGCCAGUGAAGACGCCUCAAGAUCCCGGCCUGAAGCUAACCAAGAACAUGUGUGAACAAGAAUGCAAGCACGAAGACACCAUGUGCAACGUGCCAUAUCGAAGUGCUGUCGGAGGCAUCAUGUAUCUCAUGGUCGCCACACGUCCGGAUCUAGCUGCUGCAGUGGGAUCAUUAUCCCAGUUCUCGUCCGACCCAUGCCCGACUCACUGGCAAGCUUUGAAGCGUGUGCUGAGAUACCUGCAAGCAACGCCCAAUCAUGGUCUUGAGUUUACACGUGAAGAAGGAAGCCGUAUCUGCGGGUACACCGACGCAGACUGGGCCGGUGACAUUGAGUCAAGACGAAGUACAAGCGGCUAUGUGUUCAUGAUGAGCGGAGGAUGCAUCAGCUGGAAAAGCCAGAAACAACGGACGGUCGCGCUAUCUUCAACAGAAGCAGAAUACAUGGCGCUUUCCGAAGCAACCAAAGAAGCAGUAUGGCUCAAAGUGCUUUUGGGGGAACUUGGUGAGAUGACAAGCGACGAAGCGAUCAAGAUGUAUGAAGACAACCAAGGAUCAAUCGCUCUCGCCAAGAACCCGGAGUUCCAUAAGAGAACAAAACACAUCGACAUACGCUACCAUUUUGUGCGUGAGAAGGUGGAAUCAGGUGAAGUCGUUUUGGAGUAUUGCCCGACUCAAGAUAUGCUGGCAGACAUGAUGACCAAGCCGAUCGCCGCUGUACAAUUUGAAAACAUUCGCGAUCGACUUGGGAUCCAAGGUGCCGCAGCUAACGAGUCGAGAGGGAGUGUUGAAAAGACAGCGGCUGUGAAGAAGACACCUCGUCAAGCUGCGUCAAGUGUUGAAGCAAGUGGAAGACCAAGCUUCGCUAUACCGGUGGGUACCGGUAUGUACCAGUAA